CUUCCUCCUCCUCCUCCUCCCCGGCUGUCGGCCUCACGUCCCCAACUCGGGAGCGCCGCCGAUCGGUCGCCAGGAUUUUCCCUUCUCGGCCAAAAUGGAGGAGAAGGUCUCUCGCUUAAUGAAGAGAGCACCGACUAUAUGAGCGGAUCUGCUUCAAUGAUCGGCAUCAGGACCCGCUUUUGCUGAUAUAAUAGUUCUUGCAGCAACCUAACACUUUGAGGAUAUCUAUCGCUAUUUCCGCACAAGCGAGCGCAGCCAUGAGCGCAGGAGAGGGGCUAGAUGAGGCUGGGAAGGACGCGGCAGACAUAGCGGCGUUUUUCAAAUCCGAUUGCUCUCUUCCAAAAUGUGAAUCCAAACUGGAUGGCCCCGGUCAAACUUCAGGGUUUCAUCGUAAUGAGGAUAUGAAGGCCAUUGAUGUGCUUCCAAUCCUCAAGGAGAAGGUUGCCUUUCUCUCAGGUGGCAGAGACAGACGUGGAGGUCCGAUUCUCACCUUUCCAGCACGGAGCAACCAUGACAGAAUACGACCCGAAGACCUGCGCAGGCUCAUAGCAUACUUGGCCACAAUCCCAAGUGAGGAGGUGGCCAGACAUGGCUUCACAGUCAUUGUGGACAUGCGUGGUUCUAAGUGGGACAGCAUCAAACCUCUGCUAAAGAUCCUUCAGGAAUCGUUCCCUUCUUGUAUUCACGUUGCUCUUAUCAUCAAGCCAGACAACUUCUGGCAGAAGCAGAGGACCAACUUUGGCAGCUCCAAGUUUGAAUUUGAGACGGUGAUGGUCUCCUUAGAGGGUUUAACCAAGAUUGUGGACCCUUCCCAGCUGACAGCCGACUUCGAGGGCAGCCUAGAAUACAACCAUGAUGAAUGGAUUGAGGUGCGGCUCUCUUAUGAGACGUUUGCCAGUGAUGCAGCGCGGGCUUUAUCACGCCUUGAAGAACUCCAGGAAACCUUGUCCCAGCGUGAUCUCCCACGGGAUCUGGAAGGGGCUCGGCGGUUAAUGGAAGAACAUGCUGCACUGAAGAAAAGGGCCACCAAAGCAUCGGUAGAGGAGCUCGACGCACAGGGACGGAGGCUGCUCCAAAGGCUACAGUCACAGACUGCAGGGGUUGGGAGUGUUGGAGCUAGCGGAGAUUCUAACGACCACCAUCACGGGUUUCACGUGCACGCGGACGCGCACAAUCUGGUGGCUAAAGUGACGGGUGUGUUGGAUAAGCUGCACGGGAUGCGGCAGAAUCUGCAGCAGUUGUGGCACAUGAGGAAACUGAAGCUGGACCAGUGUUUCCAACUGCGGCUGUUUGAGCAAGAUGCUGAGAAGAUGUUUGAUUGGAUAAUGCACAACAAGGGGCUUUUCCUGACCAGUUACACAGAGAUCGGAGGGAACCACCAGCAUGCUGUGGAGUUGCAGACGCAGCACAACCACUUCGCUAUGAACUGCAUGAAUGUGUAUGUGAACAUCAAUCGAAUCAUGUCUGUUGGAAAUCGGCUCCUGGAGUCCAGCCACUAUGCCUCUCAGCAGAUCCAGCAGAUCUCAAGCCAGCUGGAGCAAGAGUGGAAGGCCUUUGCUGCAGCACUGGACGAACGCAGCACCUUGCUGGAGAUGUCUGCCAGCUUCCACCAGAAAGCAGAUCAGUACAUGAGUAAAGUGGAGCCGUGGUGUAAGGCAUGUGGUGAGGGAGAGCUGCCCUCUGAACUCCAGGAUCUGGAAGACACAAUCCAUCAUCACCAGGGGCUGUAUGAGCACAUCACCACAGCAUACUCUGAGGUAAGCCAGGAUGGCAAGUCUCUGUUGGACAAACUGCAGCGACCCUUGACCCCAGGAAGUGCAGAUUCGUUGAUGGCAUCAGCUAACUACUCCAAGGCUGUGCAUCAUGUUUUGGAUAUCAUCCAUGAGGUGUUGCAUCAUCAAAGGCAACUGGAAAACAUCUGGCAGCAUCGCAAAGUCCGUCUGCAUCAGCGCCUGCAGCUGUGUGUCUUUCAGCAGGAUGUACAGCAAGUGCUGGACUGGAUAGAAAAUCACGGUGAGGCCUUCCUUAGCAAACAUACAGGUGUUGGAAAGUCUUUGCACAGAGCCAGGGCUUUACAGAAAAGGCAUGAAGACUUUGAAGAGGUUGCACAGAACACCUACACCAAUGCCGACAAGUUACUAGAGGCUGCAGAGCAGCUGGCCCAGACCGGAGAGUGCGACCCAGAGGAAAUUUACCAGGCCGCCCACCAGCUUGAAGACCGCAUCCAGGAUUUUGUGCGACGUGUCGAGCAACGUAAAGUGCUGCUGGACAUGUCUGUUGCCUUCCACACACAUGUCAAAGAGCUGUGGACAUGGCUGGAGGAGCUUCAGAAAGAACUGCUGGAUGAUGUUUACGCAGAGUCAGUCGAGGCAGUCCAGGAUCUGAUCAAGCGAUUCGGCCAGCAGCAGCAGACCACCCUGCAGGCAACAGUCAAUGUUAUAAAGGAAGGAGAGGACCUCAUACAACAGCUCAGAGACUCUGCCAUCUCGAGCAACAAGACUCCGCACAACAGCUCCAUGGCCCACAUUGAGAGCGUGCUGCAGCAGCUGGACGAGGCCCAGGGCCAGAUGGAGGAGUUGUUCCAGGAAAGGAAGAUCAAACUUGAGCUCUUCCUCCAGCUCCGCAUCUUUGAAAGGGACGCAAUUGACAUCAUCUCAGACCUGGAGUCAUGGAAUGAGGAACUGUCACAGCAGAUGAGCGACUUUGACACGGAGGAUCUCACACUGGCUGAGCAGAGGCUGCAGCAUCAUGCGGACAAAGCUCUUACCAUGAACAACCUCACCUUUGAUGUCAUCCACCAGGGACAAGAGCUGCUGCAGUAUGUCACGGAGGUCCAGGCGUCUGGUGUGGAGCUGUUAUGCGACCGAGACGUGGACAUGGCCACACGGGUUCAGGACCUGCUGGAGUUUCUCCACGAGAAGCAGCAGGAGUUGGAUCUCGCCGCAGAACAGCACAGGAGACACUUGGAGCAGUGUGUCCAGUUAAGGCAUCUGCAGGCUGAAGUCAAACAGGUGCUGGGUUGGAUCCGUAAUGGUGAGUCGAUGCUGAACGCAGGUCUGAUCACAGCCAGUUCCUUACAAGAGGCCGAACAGCUGCAAAAGGAGCACGAACAAUUUCAACAUGCAAUAGAGAAAACCCAUCAGAGCGCGCUGCAGGUACAGCAGAAAGCUGAGGCUCUACUCCAGGCAAACCACUAUGACAUGGAUAUGAUCAGAGACUGUGCAGAAAAGGUGGCAGACCACUGGCAGCAGCUGAUGCUAAAGAUGGAGGACAGACUUAAGCUGGUUAAUGCUUCUGUGGCUUUCUACAAGACCUCUGAACAGGUGUGCAGUGUGCUAGAAAGCCUCGAGCAGGAGUAUAAGAGAGAAGAAGACUGGUGCGGUGGUGCUGAUAAACUGGGCCCUAACAGUGAAUCAGACCAUGUCACUCCCAUGGUCAGCAAACAUCUGGAGCAGAAAGAGGCCUUCCUCAAGGCUUGUACGCUAGCCAGACGCAACGCUGAUGUUUUCUUGAAGUACCUGCACAGAAACAGCGUCAACAUGCCUGGCAUGCUGUCCCACGUCAAAGCUCCAGAGACUCAGGUUAAGAAUAUCUUGAAUGAGCUGCUGCAGAGAGAAAACAGAGUGCUUCACUUCUGGACCAUGAGGAAGCGGAGACUGGACCAGUGCCAGCAAUAUGUAGUGUUUGAACGCAGCGCCAAACAGGCCCUGGAGUGGAUCCAUGACACUGGGGAGUUUUACCUGUCCACUCACACAUCCACCGGGUCGAGCAUUCACCACACACAGGAGCUACUGAAGGAACAUGAAGAUUUCCAGAUCACAGCAAAGCAAACCAAAGAGCGGGUAAAGCUGUUGAUCCAGCUGGCGGAUGGGUUUUGUGACAAGGGCCACGCCCAUGCCUCGGAAAUAAAGAAAUGGGUGUCCUCGGUGGACAAGCGCUACAGGGACUUCUCUCUCCGCAUGGACAAAUACCGAACCUGCCUGGAAUCAGCGCUUGGCAUUUCUUCCGACUCAAACAAAGCCAGUAAAGAGUUGCAACUGGACAUCAUUCCAGCCAGUGCUCCAGGGUCAGAGGUCAAGUUGCGGGACGCUGCCCAUGAACUCAAUGAGGAGAAGAGGAAAUCAGCACGAAGGAAAGAAUUUAUAAUGGCAGAGCUGAUUCAAACAGAGAAAGCCUAUGUACGAGACCUACGGGAGUGUAUGGAUACCUACCUGUGGGAAAUGACCAGCGGCGUGGAGGAAAUUCCUCCUGGUAUUGUCAACAAGGAACACAUCAUUUUUGGGAACAUGCAGGACCUCUAUGAGUUUCAUCACAAUAUUUUCCUGAAGGAGUUAGAAAAGUACGAGCAGCUUCCAGAAGAUGUCGGCCAUUGUUUUGUAACCUGGGCUGAUAAGUUUCAGAUGUAUGUGAACUACUGUAAGAACAAGCCAGAUUCAACUCAGCUCAUCGUGGAACAUGCUGGACCCUACUUUGAUGAAAUUCAGCAAAGACAUCGUCUCGCAAACUCUAUCUCCUCUUACCUGAUCAAGCCAGUCCAAAGAAUCACAAAAUACCAGUUGCUUCUAAAGGAACUGUUAACAUGCUGUGAGGAAGGAAAAGGGGAGAUCAAGGAUGGCCUGGAAGUGAUGCUCAGUGUCCCCAAGAGAGCCAACGAUGCCAUGCACCUCUCUAUGCUGGAGGGAUUUGAUGGAAACAUCGACUCCCAGGGAGAGCUGAUACUCCAGGAGUCCUUCCAGGUCUGGGAUCCUAAGACUCUUAUCCGGAAGGGUCGGGAUCGACACCUCUUCCUCUUUGAGAUGUCUCUGGUCUUCAGCAAAGAAGUGAAAGACUCUAAUGGGCGCAGCAAAUACCUCUACAAGAGCAAGCUCUUUACGUCAGAGCUUGGAGUGACAGAACAUGUGGAGGGAGAUCCUUGCAAGUUUGCCCUCUGGUUGGGGAGGACCCCAACCUCAGACAACAAGAUUGUUCUGAAGGCUUCAAGUAUUGAGAAUAAGCAGGACUGGAUCAAACACAUUCGGGAAGUCAUACAGGAGCGAACAAUCCACCUGCGUGGAGCUCUGAAGGAACCCAUCCACAUCCCUAAAGCCACCACAACUAAACACAAAGGCAGAAGGGAUGGAGAGGAGCUGGACAGCCAGGGAGACGCCAGCAGCCAACCUGAUACCAUCUCUAUUGCCUCACGUACGUCCCAGAACACACUGGACAGCGAUAAGCUCUCUGGUGGCUGUGAACUCACAGUGGUCAUACACGACUUUGUGGCCAGUAACGGCGGAAGCAACGGGGAGCUGACAGUCCGCCGCGGCCAGACUGUUGAGGUUUUGGAGCGACUGCACGACAAGCCGGACUGGUGCUUGGUCCGGACCACGGAUCGCUCGCCAGCCCAGGAGGGCAUUGUGCCCUGCUCCAUGCUCUGCAUCGCUCACUCCAGGUCCUCCAUGGAGAUGGAGGGCCUCUUCAACCACAAAGACACCUUGUCCGUAUCCAGCAAUGACGCCCUGCAGCCCGGCUCCAGCCAAACGCUGGGUCCUCACAGCUCCCCAGGUCCCAAACGUCCUGGAAACACACUAAGGAAGUGGCUGACGAGUCCGGUUCGGCGGCUCAGCUCCGGUAAAGCCGACGGCCACGUCAAAAAGCUCGCCCACAAGCAUAAGAAGAACCGCGAUGGCACGAGGAAGAACAUGGACGCGAUGCCCGGCUCGCAGAAGGACUCUGACGACAGCGCCGCCACUCCACAAGAUGAGACCCUGGAAGAACGUAUGCGCAACGAGGGGCUGAGCAGCGGCACCCUGUCCAAGUCUUCCUCAUCGGGCAUGCAGAGCUGCGGUGAGGAGGAAGGAGAAGAGGGGGCGGACGCUGUCCCGCUGCCUCCCCCAAUGGCCAUUCAGCAACACAGCCUGCUUCAGCCCGACUCUCAGGAUGACAAGUCUGCAUCUCGGCUGUCUGGCCGUCCCAGUAGCUCAGAGACACCCAGUGCGGCUGAACUGGUCAGUGCCAUCGAAGAACUGGUGAAGAGCAAGAUGUCACUGGAAGACCGUCCCAGUUCUCUGUUGGUGGAGCAAGGUGACAGCAGCUCUCCCUCUCUCAAUCCCUCCGACAACUCCCUCCUCUCCUCCUCCUCACCCAUCGACGAGGUGGACGAGCGCAAAUCUGGCUUCCUCAAGAGAAGACAUUAUGUACUUCUGGAGCUGGUGGAGACUGAGAGAGACUAUGUCAGAGACCUGGGAUCAGUGGUGGAGGGCUACAUGAGCAGAAUGAAAGAGGAAGGAGUUCCAGAUGACAUGAAAGGAAAAGACAAGAUUGUUUUUGGAAACAUCCAUCAGAUCUAUGACUGGCACAAAGAUUUUUUCCUGGGAGAACUUGAAAAGUGUUUGGAGGAUCCUGACCGGCUGGGACCGUUAUUUGUCAAACAAGAACGGAGACUGCACAUGUAUAUUGUGUACUGCCAAAACAAGCCUAAGUCUGAGCACAUCGUGUCGGAGUAUAUUGAUACGUACUUUGAGGACCUGAAGCAGCGACUGGGACACAGACUGCAACUCACUGACUUACUCAUCAAACCUGUCCAGCGCAUAAUGAAGUACCAACUGCUACUGAAGGAUCUUCUUAAAAUUUCUAAGAAGGCUGGAGUGGAUGCCACAGAGCUGGAGAAAGCUGUAGAAGUGAUGUGCGUGGUCCCAAAACGCUGCAAUGACAUGAUGAAUGUUGGGCGCCUUCAAGGCUUUGAUGGUAAAAUUGUGGCUCAGGGCAGAUUGCUUCUCCAAGACACUUUCAUGGUUUCAGACCAGGACGGAGGGCUCCUAUCCAGGAUGAAAGAGAGGAGAGUGUUUCUGUUUGAGCAGAUAGUUAUCUUCAGUGAACCCCUGGACAAAAAGAAGGGCUUCUCUACUCCUGGCUACCUCUUCAAGAACAGCAUUAAGGUGAGCUGGUUGGGUCUAGAAGAAAAUGCUGAUGACCCCUGCAAGUUCACACUGACCUCCAGGUCAUCUAGUGGCAACCUGGAGAGGUACACUUUCCAUUCACCAAGUCCUGGAGUCAGUCAAGUCUGGAUCCAUCAGGUCAGCCAGAUCCUGGAGAAUCAGAGAAAUUUCCUCAAUGCUUUGACGUCACCUAUAGAGUAUCAGAGGAACCAUGUGGGAGGUGGUGGGCCAAGCGGUCCACCUAGCAGCAGCAGUACUGCAGGUCUACCAGGAGGCAGCAGCUCCAACAGUACCUGCAAUAUGGGGGGAGGAGGUGGCGGCGAAGGCAGCUCUGGAGGAUCAGGGGGUAGCGCCUCCUCCCUGUGCGGCCCGCGCUCCCGACCAUCUCGCAUCCCCCAGCCGUCCUCACGCCUCCCCCAGCCUGUUCACCACCAUCACCCCCCGGGCCCCGAGGGUCCCGACAGAUCAGCAGGUAUGUGGUCACUCUGCCACCCACAGCCGCUUCAGUCCCUCUCCUCUAACCCCCGUUCAGGCAACACAGCUAAUGGAGAGCUGUUAGCCUCAGAGGUCCCUAAGAUGAGGAUGCUGGAUAGUCCUCAUGGAAGUAACAGUAAUAACAGUAACAGGCCAUCAGGUAGUAUGGACAGCAGUGUCAGACAGGUUCUCGGAGGCUCAGAGGAAAUGCCGAAGCAUCAAAUGGCCAGCAGACCACAGAUGCCAGUAGCUCCUCUGAAUUUUCAUCUCAAAAGCCCUCGAGUUGGGACAGUUUCACCUCUGAUAUUACCUCAAACUCCCGGAGGAGGAGGAGGAAAGGAAGCGUUCGUCCCCACCAGCCCAGCUCAUAAAGGCAACGCUUUCUGGGCCAUAGUCCCCGCUCUGCCUCCCUCUCCUGCCAGCAGGCCAGGUUCCUUCUCCUACCCCAGUGACAAUGGUGGCAGUGGAGGCGACUCUCUGGGCAGAGGAAGUUACGGGACUCCCUCUCAUCACCGCCACUCCAGCCACAGUAAGGACAUAGAUCGCAUGAGCACCUGCUCCUCCACCAGCGAGCAGUCCAUACACUCCACCCAGAGCAACGGGAGUGAAAGCAGUAGUAGCAGCAGCAGCGUGUCCACCAUGCUGGUGACUCAGGAUUAUGUGGCAGUGAAGGAGGAUGAGAUCAGUGUGGUGCAGGGUGAGGUGGUCCAAAUGCUAGCAAGCAACCAGCAGAACAUGUUCCUGGUGUACCGGGCAGCCAAUGAGCACUGCCCUGCGGCUGAGGGCUGGAUCCCUGGCUACGUGUUAGGACACACUUCAUCCUCAGUCACACCCGAGCUCUCCGAAGGCACCAUAAAAAAGUCAUUAUCGUGGCACACAGCACUGCGCAUUCGCCGGAAGUCUGAGAAAAGAGACAAGGAGGGCAGGAAAAUUGAGAACGGCUACCGAAAGUCUCAGGACAGCCUGGCCAACAAAGUCUCUGUCAAGGUAGAAAAGUGUCACGUUAAACGCCACCCCACCGACAUCCACUGCAAUUUGUGCAAGAAAUCUAAUUAUGUCUUCAAAUUGUCAUUUCAGCUUCUGAAUCCCAACUUUAUCUAUGAAGGUCCCCCAGAGUUCCUCAUUCCAGUUAGUGAUGCAACAUGUGAGAGUGGCGAUGCAGUUACUCUGAGGUGUAAAGUUUGCGGUCGCCCCCGACCAACCAUCACUUGGCGUGGCCCUGACAACAACUCUCUGAGCAACAACGGACAAUACAGCAUGACCUACAGUGAGACCGGAGAGGCGUCCCUGUGCAUCACGGACGCGUCUGUAGAGGACAGCGGCGUGUAUACCUGUGUUGCUACAAACAUAGCAGGCGCUGUCACCUCUUCUGCCAGUCUUAGAGUGUCAGGAACCCCUGACGAUGGCAGCGAACUCCUCUGGAAAAACGGCUUUGAGUCCCAGUACACAGAGAUUACUGAACUAGGAAGGGGUCGGUUCUCAGUGACUAAGCGAUGCGACCAGAGAGGGAGUAAACGCACAGUUGCGGCAAAGCAUGUUAACAAGAAGCUGUUGCGUCGAGAACAGGUCCUGCAGGAGAUCAGACUCCUCCAGAAUCUAGACCAUCCCAAUCUGGUCAAGCUGCUAGACACGUAUGAGACAGCCAGCAGCUACGUACUGGUACUAGAGAUGGCAGACCAGGGGCGAUUCCUGGACUACAUCGUGAGCUGGGGCAACCUGACGGAGGAGAAAGUUGCUUUAUACCUCAGAGAUAUUCUUGAAGCUCUCCAUUACCUGCACAGCUGGAGGAUAGCACAUCUUGACCUCAAACCUGAAAACAUUGUGGUGGAACAUGCGUCCUCCCAGCCAGUGAUCAAGCUGACAGACUUUGGUGAUGCUGUUCAACUGAACCCCCCCUCCUCUUACAUCCAUCCUCUUCUGGGAAGCCCAGAGUUCUCUGCUCCUGAACUGAUCCUGGGUCAGCCCGUCUCACUGACGUCUGACCUCUGGAGCUUAGGGGUGGUGACCUAUGUGGUUCUGAGCGGCGCCUCUCCAUUCCUGGACGAGAGCCUUGAGGAGACGUGUCUGAACAUCUGUCGCCUGGACUUUAGCUUCCCUCAGGAUUACUUCCAGGGUGUGAGCCCAGCUGCCAGAGACUUCAUCUGCCUGCUGCUCCGGGGCGAGCCAGAGCGACGGCCCCCUGCUGCGUCCUGCCUGGAGGAGCCCUGGCUCCAGCCUCGAGGUUUAUCAAGCAGUGACUCAACCUUAAAUCCCACACAGCCACCAGCACUGUCACCAUCUCGGAAUCAUUGCGGCACACAUCUGGACACAUCCAGGCUCAUUUCUUUCAUCGAGAGACGGAAACACCAGAAUGAUGUCCGGCCCAUAGGCACCAUUAAGGCCUUCCUUCACAGCCGCCUGCUCAGCCAGACCUGACAGUAGGUCACCAGGUAAACACGACCAGAAGGAAUUUCUUCCACUACUGCUCUUCAUUCACUUGAUCCUUGUUAGAAGCCUACUGAGAGCACCACCAGCGACACGCCUGCUACAAUCCCCUUUUCCCUCACAAAGCCACAAAAGUCCUGCUGCUGCUGCUGCUGCCGACUGACUAACCUCUGCCGAUUAAACCCUUCGAACCCCCAAGCCCUUCCCCUCCUUAAACCUGGCAUACCGUCACUAUGCCUGCACAACAAGCGAACUCUUGGAAUCCAUUUGAGAUUUCAAAACCUUGACUCAGCAGGGAGAAAACCAAGCUUUCUCAACAAGCCAGCGUGAGCGAGUCUUGCGUUUUGGACAGUGUUAAACAAAGAAAAAAAAAAAGAAGAAUACUGUACAAUAGGAAUAUUUCAGGCUGCUUUCGGUUGAACACAAUAAAAUGUUUUUUGUAACGAGAGAUUACUUUUUGUAAAUGAAACAAAAUGUACAGCGAGGAGACGGAGAACUGUCUUUAUUCAUAACCUUUUGGAAAACAAAGGGUAGUUGGCGAGUAGAAAAAGUAAAAAACGAAAAGAAAAAAAAAAGGGAAGUGAGAUUUGCGUGGUGAAGUGGCACCCAUCAGCAGGGUCCUCUUAUUCUGGAACAAGAUGUAACUACCAAAACCACGUUUUGCAGAAACUUACAUUCAGUGCAAUAGUUUGCUUUUCUUAACUCUCCCCCGCUUCAGUUUCAAAGGUUAAAUCACUUCUGUUUGUGACACUAAGAGAAACUAACUUGAACAAAGCAUUAAAACAACUCAGCAAAAAAGAAUAUCCCGAUAGAGCUUCUCAGAUUUUUACCUGCAUCCGCCUUAUAUGUAAAUAACGUUUUUCCCGCUUUUCGUUCUCAUUUUGACGGAUUUAUCUCUCGACGAACAAAAACGAUUCCAUCUGCUGAGUUUUAGUGAGUCCCUGCGGACGGACGGAUCAAACCGCUACUAGGUUCCCACGUGCAAUGUCGCAGCUUUAACAUUUAUGCAACUAUUUAUGAAAACUUGUGUUGUAGCCGUAUUCUUAAAAAGGCAUGUACGUACCUGGUACUGCAAUAGAUGUAUGUAUUGUGUUAACUCUUAUGUAUUAAGUUCAGUAUUAAUAUCCUGCAAAAAAAACAAACAAAAAAACAACAACAACAACCCUGCAACAAAAGGAGAGUUUUUCCAAAAUAAUGUAUAAAAAUGUGUAUCUAUGAAAUAUAGGCACUUAUGCUUUUAUGUCGUCCUUGUUUCGCUUUUGUUUUUUUGUAACAAUACCAAAGUUGGCUCUGCUUUGUUCUCCUGCUAAUAUGUUUGUUUGCUUAUUUAAUGACUUGUCAUGUUGAGUUAUAACAGACCACACUGAGCAGAGGCAUAUGAGCGUUUACAAAGGUUCCUUGUGGUUUUAUUUAUUCUUAUUGUAAUAAGAAGAUUGUUUGGUGGUUUAUUGCUGAAAAAAAUUAUAUUGACUUGUCUUUUUUUAUUAUUAUUUCUUUUCUUUUUUGUUUUUUUCAAGCCGUGCACAAAGUUAUUUGCCGUGUGAGUUUGUUUGGCUCUUGUAGGUAGAUACUAGUGUAUGUUGCUAGACCGUAUUGGUUUAUAUCUUCACCAAGCAAUAGGUCUGGGGUGAAAAAGUCACCAUGGACUGCACUGAUGAAAGAAUCAUACCUUCUGGCAGAUAAUAACAACCCCUGAACCACAGUUUUUUCUGAUUAGCAUUAACAGGUAUCUCCCGUGAAAAAGGUCUGCCAGUUGUUUUCAUUUAAAUACGAUGACGUCUUUAGGUUAAAAAGUUGCUUAAAAACUUCUUUAAAGUGCCAGUCCAGUGAAUUAAGUUCGAGAGGUUGGUAAAAAUGAAAAACUCGCGUCGCUUCUCGUUUUAUUUGAAGGUUGUCAGUUGCUGUCGAUAACAUGUUGAGUUUAUUGACUUGUCUCUCUGGUCUGUAAAGUCUCCGUCUUUCAUUUUGUGUCAUUUUUAUUUAUUAAUGUGGAUAAGGGUUUCCCUGAAACUAUCCUGAUCAUCGCUUUGUCAGGUUACGAUCGAAGAGAAACGGUUUCUUGGGAAACCCGCCUGCUCACGAUGUAAAGAUGUACAGAGAAGGGUCGGGCAGUUCGCCCACACCCGGGAUGUAAACCUCACAACUGUCAUAUUUUAAAUACACCUAAAACAAGACUGCAGAAAUGUCAUCUUGAAUGUCUUAGUAUGACUUAUUUUUACUUUUGCAUGUAUAUUUCUUUGUACAGAAGAUUGUGUUUACAUGUUACUACGUGUUGUAAAUAACUUAUUUUGUCCUCUGUUAUUUUGCCAUUAAACGUACAAGGCACAGUCAGCGUUACUGAAA